UAAAGACUGACAGCAUCUUUUCAUCUGCUUCUUCUUCUUUUGACCCAUCAGCAUUACAGCAUCUUCCUCUGGCAGCUCUCAUCUCCGCCAUUACCCACUAAAAGCACCUCAGUUAUCGGUUAUAGGAAUUUGGCCAGCCCAGCAGCAGGACCCAUUCCCUACCAGAGGCAUAUCAUAUCGCGAAUAGUCUCCAGUAACCUGCACCUUCAGGGGUCUAGAGCCAUGGCCUGUCCGCUUAGAACCUGCUGUGCCCCCUAAGACACAGCACAGGAAGGAGGAGGAUGGGGGAGGAGGGUGAGGACCUGUUUGAUGCUGUGUAUGCCCUGGAACAGCAAGAAUACAAGAGUGGCGAGGCUGAGGGUCUGCAGGAAGGGGACAAGAAGCAUCACCAGCAGGGCUUCACGCUGGGGUGGCAGCAAGCCUGUCAUCUGCUGCGUGAGCUGGGCAUAAUAGAAGGCCUGGUGGGCAGCGUUGUGUUGAACAGGAGGGAGGAGCUCAGUCCCCGCGCACACCGGCAGGCCACCAAGUUGCUGGAGGACCUGCAGGGGUGGCCGUGCUGGGACCCCACCGAGGAGGGCAUUGAGGACAGGCUGCGAGGGAUCCACACCCGCACCAGAAACCUCCUGCAGAGACUUGGAAUAUCUGCCAAGGUGAUCGAGAGGAGUGUUGAUGCCGAGUUUUAAAAAUUUGCAUUUAGAGACUAGAAGUACGUGUGGUCUGGUGUGUGCGUGUAGUUCAUCGUCAAGAAUGGAGGCUGUACACAUAUGUUAUUUUGUUAUAAUUCUUGUGGCGUCCUUUGUGAUGUCAGUUUCGUAUACAUAUUUGAUCCACAUGUUUCUGUAACAGUAGAAAUGAUAUUGCUAGUGUAAUAGUGUACAGAACUUGGUCUGUACCAGGUUUUGUAUGUUGGGCACACCAGAGAAUGUCUGAUAUAAUACAAUAUGCACAUAGACUAAGAUGUCUAGGUCACCCUUCUUGCCCAGGCUGCAUCCAUCAGGUCAUUGUUCAUGACAUAAUGUUUAAGUGUUUUAACAUGUCCGGUCACUGUGGUAUACUUAUCACAAAAAAUGUAAUACUAGUCUUACUGCAAUUCAUUCUACUGAUGUUAGUGUGCAUGCACACCAACAGUAGGCCUGACUUACCAUUUUUAUCAGGUAUCAUUGGAAACUGCAAAUAAAAAUGCUAACUAUA